UGGGGGCGGAGCCCGGGGCUUGGGGGGGCCGGUUUGUUGUGGUCGCCAUUUUGCUGGUUGCAUUACUGGGUAAUCAGGGCCCUGCCUCUGCCGCGUCUGCAAGGUGUCUUCAGCCAGUGGGCAGGUCUGAGCUCGGGCUUCCCGAGCAGCUUGAGCCCCCUUGUCCGCGCUCUCAGGUCUCAGCGGCGGUGGCAGCCGAGGUGCAGGAUGCGAGAAGGCGCCCCCCGGCCGGGCUCCCGCUCCAGGCCUCGCUCCCCUGCGGACCUCUGAGCCCACCAUGGCCGUCCCACCAGGCCAUGGUCCCUUCUCUGGCUUCCCGGGGCCCCAGGAGCACACACAGGUAUUGCCUGAUGUGCGGCUCUUGCCUCGGAGGCUUCCCUUGGCCUUCCGGGAUGCGGCCACGGCUCCGCUGCGCAAGCUCUCUGUGGACCUCAUCAAGACCUACAAGCACAUCAAUGAGGUCUACUAUGCGAAGAAGAAGCGGCGGGCCCAGCAGGCACCAUCUCAGGACUCAAGCACCAAGAAGGAGAAGAAGGUCCUGAACCACGGUUAUGACGAUGACAACCAUGACUACAUAGUGCGCAGUGGCGAGCGCUGGCUGGAGCGUUAUGAGAUUGACUCCCUCAUUGGCAAAGGCUCCUUUGGCCAGGUGGUGAAAGCCUAUGAUCAUCAGACCCAGGAGCUGGUGGCCAUCAAGAUCAUCAAGAACAAAAAGGCCUUCCUGAACCAGGCCCAGAUUGAGCUGCGGCUGCUGGAGCUGAUGAACCAGCAUGACACAGAGAUGAAGUACUACAUAGUGCACCUGAAGCGGCACUUCAUGUUCAGGAACCACCUGUGCCUGGUGUUCGAGCUGCUUUCCUACAACCUGUAUGACCUCCUGCGUAACACGCACUUCCGUGGCGUCUCGCUGAACCUGACGCGGAAGCUGGCGCAGCAGCUCUGCACGGCGCUUCUCUUCCUGGCCACGCCCGAGCUUAGCAUCAUUCACUGCGACCUCAAGCCCGAGAACAUCCUGCUCUGCAACCCCAAGCGCAGUGCCAUUAAGAUCGUGGACUUCGGCAGCUCCUGCCAGCUUGGCCAGCGGAUUUACCAGUACAUCCAGAGCCGCUUCUACCGGUCACCUGAGGUGCUGCUGGGCACACCCUAUGACCUGGCCAUUGACAUGUGGUCCCUGGGCUGCAUCCUGGUGGAGAUGCACACUGGAGAGCCCCUCUUCAGUGGCUCCAAUGAGGUGGACCAGAUGAACCGGAUUGUGGAGGUGCUGGGCAUCCCACCAGCCCCCAUGCUAGACCAGGCACCCAAGGCCCGCAAGUACUUUGAACGGCUGCCUGGGGGUGGCUGGACCCUACGAAGGACAAAAGAACUCAGGAAGGAUUACCAGGGCCCCGGGACACGGCGGCUGCAGGAGGUGCUGGGCGUGCAGACGGGCGGGCCCGGGGGCCGGCGGGCGGGGGAGCCGGGCCACAGCCCCGCCGACUACCUCCGCUUCCAGGACCUGGUGCUGCGCAUGCUGGAGUAUGAGCCCGCCGCCCGCAUCAGCCCAUUGGGGGCUUUGCAGCAUGGCUUCUUCCGCCGCACGGCUGAUGAGGCCACCAACACGGGCCCGGCAGGCAGCAGUGCCUCCACCUCGCCCGCACCCCUCGACACCUGCCCCUCUUCCAGCACCGCCAGCUCCAUCUCCAGCUCUGGAGGCUCCAGCGGCUCCUCCAGUGAUAACAGGACCUACCGCUACAGCAACCGAUAUUGUGGGGGCCCUGGGCCCCCCAUCACUGACUGUGAGAUGAACAGCCCCCAGGUCCCACCCUCCCAGCCGAUGCGCCCCUGGGCAGGAGGUGAUGUGCCCCACAAGACACAUCAGGCCCCUGCCUCUGCCUCGUCACUGCCAGGGGCUGGGGCCCAGUUACCCCCCCAACCCCGAUGCCUUGGCCGUCCUCCAUCACCAACCUCACCACCACCCCCGGAGCUGAUGGAUGUGAGCCUGGUGGGCGGCCCUCCGGACUGCUCCCCAUUUCACCCAGCGCCUGCCCCCCAGCACCCGGCUGCCUCAGCCCUCCGGACUCGGAUGACAGGAGGUCGUCCACCCCUCCCACCCCCUGAUGACCCUGCCACUCUGGGGCCUCGCUUGGGCCUCCGUGGUGUACCCCAGAGCACGGCAGCCAGCUCAUGACCCUGCCCCUUCCCUGGGGCCCCUCCUGAAGCCAUACCCCCCAUCUGGGGGCCCUGGGCUCCCAUCCUCAUCUCUCCCCUUGACUGGAAUUGCUGCUACCCAGCUGGGGUGGGUGAGGGCUGCACUGAUUGGGGCCUGGGGCAGGGGGUCAAGGAGAGGGGUUUAGGCGUACCCUCCCCACUAAGUACUGGACCCUUGGCCCCCUCUCUCCCCUUUGUUUUCUAUUUAUUGUACCAAAGACAGUGGUGGUCCAAUGGGGGGGAGACUCCCCCUCACCCCAGGGCCCUAGGAAGGGGUGGGGGUAGGUAGGGGGAGAUGGCCUUGCUCCUCCUUGCUGUACCCCCCAGUAAAGAGCUUUCUCACA